AUGAGUAAAAUUAGGAGCCUCCCACCUGAGGUCAGGGAACCAGGCCCUGGAGUGGAACUUGGGGUGGAAGAUGGCCUCCUUUGUCAACUGAUUCAUUCUCCAGAAUUCAGCUUGUUCUCUGACUCGGUGGUGUUUGAAAGCAACUUUAUCCAGACCCAUGUACCUGGGGCUGAUUUCUAGGUCACUAAGCCCGGGAACUGGAUGGAUGUCUGUGAAGGGUCUACCACUGUGAUCCUCGGGGUGACCUCCUCGGUGCCCUCCUUGCCACUCCCCAACGUCCUCCUGAUGGCGGAUGUCACCUGGCCCCAGGGUCAGUUUUCCACCUGGAGCACACCUGGUAGUGCCCCAGUCAUCACCCUCAGCAGGAUUCUCCCACUGAGGUACGUGGAGCUACGAAUCUGCGACCAGCUCCAACGUAUCCUGAGGGUUAGGACAGUGACUGAAAAGAUCUACUACCUGAGACUCCACGAAAAACACCCAGAGGCUGUGUUUCAAUUCUGGAUCCGCUUGGUGAAAAUUCUGCGGAGAGGUCUGUCUAUCACCACAAAAGACCCGAGAAUCCAAUUCUGUCACUGCCUGGUGCCCAAGUUGCCCUGCAGCUCCACCGAAACAUCUGGAAACAGCCUCCUGUCAUCCUGCCAGUCCAGUGAAAGCCCAUGAAAGCUCUUGGCAGCCGAGCAGACCAGUGACUGUUUCUCGAAUCUCUCAGGAAGGUCCCAGCUCACAGCAGACAGAAACACCAAUACCACCACUGAAAUAGACAAUUUCAACUGCUACGACAAGACACCCUCUACAGUGACAUCACCUGUCAAUUCGAAUAUACCCAUGAGAGCCACCUUGAGCUACAGUUUCUGGGAACAAGAGAAUCCAAAGGAGCACUUCCUGCAGGCUCCUGUAGCCAGUUCCCUAGGAGAGAACUUCGUGGGACCCUAACACCUAGGCAAAACAGGGUCAUCUUCCCAGGCUUCAUUCAGUCCACUUGCUACAACCUUCUAUCAUGCUCUCUUCCUAUUGUGGCCCAGAUGACCAUGGGAGAGGUAAGAUGGUGUUUAUAACAAGGUGCUUCGGUACUUCCACCAAUAAACCUCCAAGUGAGUCCCUAAUUGUUAUAGGUUGUGCUAUGGGGGGUGGAGGUGGGGAGGGGCUGGAGAAGGACUAAUUAGGAGCAAUAGCUCACUCCUUGAGAAAUAAAUGGAAAAAACAUUCUGUUAGCUCAGUUGAAACCCCCAAACAGCCAAGCAAAGCCAAGAAAGCCAGUCCGGAGGAAAGGACCAGGGGAGAAAUCCAACUUCCUCUUACAAAGGGAUGGGGGAAACAGAGACAGGGCUGCUACAAGCCCAAAGUGAAAGAAUCCUGAGAAUGACGGCAGUCAACUAGGAGAUGUUUUUGUGUUGCCCCACUUACCUCAAACAAGAAUGUGAGUCUUCCUGCCCCGUUCCCUGUGUUAAGGUAAAGCUAUGAAAGGUCAUCCUGGCCAUGCAAACUUUGGUUGCUAAUGAAGAUGGGGCUUCUGUCAAGGAAGAUGGUGACCACCCAUCACUGGAAGUCCUAAUUGAUUGACACUUCCUAACCAGGACCUAACAAAGCCCAAGUGGAAGACACAGUGUGUAUAUCAGGGAUAGAACAGGACCCUUGACCAACCUCUGGACAAAUGGGGAAUACUGACUUGAGGAAUACUACCACAACAUUCAGUAGGCAUUUAUCAAGCUCCUGCUAGGUGCCAGACACUGCACUCGUUGCUGGGUAUAUUAGAGAGAACAAGACAGAUGGACAUGAUACUUGCCUUUAGGGAGCAUAUGGGAGAGAUACUGAGCCCUGUUUUGGAGACACAGGAAAGCCAUUUAGGUUGACAUGAUGUUUGAGCCACCUGGUCUGCAAAUCAAGUCUGGAGGACCUGCUUCCCUAUAGUUCACACGUGGGUAAUACAGUGAUGGAAGGAGAAAGAACAUGACUGCCCUCCCCUUGUGCAUGCUCAGUUGGGCUGAGUGGUAAAUCCCAGCUAGACUGGGUCAGAAAAGACUCUGAGCUGAGAGGAUGCCUAGUGUUUGUUGAUUGCUUCCUGCCUCCAAUAAAAAUUACAACAACAAAUUUCCUUUCAGCUUGUUACAAUCAAACAAGCUGAGCAUUUUUGGUGCUGGUGAGGGACAUCUAGAAGCAGAACUUAGAAAAGACUAAAGUGAAGGGUGACUACCCUUCCCAAUUUAUGCCUGUUGUUCUAGUAGCAUUAUUAAUGUGUACGCAUUCCACUCUCAAAAGUAUCCCUAAUACGGUAUGUUUACAAACAUUUAGGAGAUCUCCAUCCUCAUUUCUAUUGCCUUGGUUUAAGCCUCCAUCAACUCUCACCUAGAUUAUUGUGGUAACCCCACCUGGUCUCCCAGAUUCUGUCAUCAUUGUAACAAUAAUAGCUAAUUUCAUUAGAAACUUACUAUAUGCCAAACGCUAUGCUAAGUCUUUACAAAGAUCACUUAA